ACCUGUUGAACAUUUGCAUAUUUUGUAUUGUUGUUGUUCAUCACAAACACACAAAGCAUCUCUUCACUCUGCAUCACACACCGAGAAGGUAUUGUGUCAUUAAAUUGAAGAAGACGACGACGGCAAAGAAAAGAAAUUCCCUCAAUAGAAAAACCCAAACACUCAUCAUUGCAAAAAUCAAUCAUUUUUUCCUCAUUUUGACACGAAUACUGUUGUACCUUGAGCGAACGAAUUUUCCAACAAAAACCGAAACAAAAAAUGCAAUCAACCUGGAAUUUUAUCAAAAAUAAUAAAAAAACAAUAUUCUUUACUACAUCGGCGAUUGUUGGUUUUAUUGGUUUACGAAAAUAUUUUUCCAAUUUUGAACAACAAUGGCAAAAUUCACAAUCAAGAAAUUUUGUUUCUGAAGUAAGAAAAAAAGGUACAUAUUUUGAUGAUGCAUUAAAUAUCGGUACGAAUAUGGCUAAUAAACAAUUUAGUUUAUUAAUAAAACGUUUGAAAGAAAUGUUUAAUAUUGUAAAAUUAUUGGAACAAAUUAAGGAAGCACAAUCGAAUAAUGUGUCACCAUCCGAGCAGCUAAAAUACUAUGAAGAAUUGAAAAUUGAAAUAUUUACCUAUAUUAUUGCUGAAAUUUAUUCAAUUGCAUUUCUUAUUACAUAUCUUCGUGUACAAUUAUCAAUGAUAUCGGGUGUUAUGUAUCAUGAAAAUCAAAUCAAUCAAUCAACAACGGUAAUGAGCGGCGGAAAUCUACUCAAAGAUACUACAUCACGUUAUUAUAUGUUUAUCGGUUUAAUGAAAAAUUUUCAUCAAAAUGGUAUCGAACAUUUAGUGGAUAAUGUUCGGAUAUUAGUAAAAAAAUCAUUUAAAAAUUUAAAAAUAACCAACAAUGUUACAUUGAAAGAUUUAUUGAAAAAUUUUAAUGAAAUUAAAUUCAAUUGGAAUGAAUCAAUGGAACGUUUGAUUGAAGAAAAUGUACUUAUUGUUUAUCGUUUGGAACGACAAUCAUUUAACGAUAAUGACGAAUCGAUUGAUAAUAAUGAAAAUCUCAGCAACAACAAAAUAUUAAAUGAAUAUAAAGCAUGUACCAAAUUUAUUGAUGAAAUGAUUGAUAUAACAAAAUUAUCAGAUUUUCGUAUGGUUUUAGAGAAUUGUAUCGAUAUUGGUUAUUCAAAUCUAUUUGAUUUUAUUAACGAAUGUUUUAUACAAUUUGAACGACAAAAGCAACAAUCAUCAGCAAACAAAUCAAUGAUGGAACAACGUUCAUUUAUUAAUCCACAUCAGAUUAAUAUUUUAUUAAUUAAAUUAUUACCAUUAAUAUGGCAACAAGUACAUAAUAGUGAUGAUGAUGAUAAUGAUGGUGGUCAUAAUAAAGAUAAUAAUCAAAUGAUUAACGAAUUUUGUGAACAAGAAAAACAUAAUCGUAAUGCAUUACUGGUACAAUAUUUACUUUGUUCAGAUAGUUUAACAUGUUUUGCUGCAAAUAUUUAUGAAGCAUUUUGUAAUGAAAUGCCAAAAUGUAAAACAAUCAAUCAAUAGUGAAUUUGGAUUGAUUAAUAUCACAGGAAGAU